GAGCAACAUUUGAUGAGAGGAGUGUGGGGCGGGGAUUCUAACUUGCGCGCUGCCCUGCUAGUGGCCGUUCUGGUGGAGGUGGGGGUAUGGAGGGAGGCGGAUUAAGCCCUUAAUUACGGCGUGAUCCGAGUGGCACCUGCUUUCCGCCCGCCCAGCUCCCAGGGGACUCUGGCACUGGAGGGUGGAGAGAAGAACCAGCGAAGGAGGACAGCCCGCGCAGAGGCACGGCCGUACCCAGGCACGCCUGCAGGACAGCGGCAUCGUGGCUGCGGCAGCGCGCAAAGGCUGUGGAGGGGCUUACGGCUCCCGGCCCACGGGUUCCAGACCCAGGGGCUGGGCUCCGAGGCCCCCACCCAAGACCCAGGCAGGCCGCAUUAUGCUGCGCUACCUGCUUAAAACACUACUACAGAUGAACUUGUUCGCGGACUCCCUGGCGGGAGACAUCACCAACUCCAGCGAGCUACUCUUCGGUUUCAACUCCUCGCUGGCAGCGCUCAACCCUAGCCUGCUUCCUCCUGGAGACCCCUCUCUCAAUGUUGCCUUGCCUGGGCACUUUGAGUUACCUCCUUCUCCAGGGUCAAGAGUUGGACCCGAGGAUGCCAUGCCACGCAUCGUGGAGCAGCCGCCAGAUCUGCUCGUUUCCAGGGGCGAGCCGGCCACUCUGCCCUGCCGUGCUGAAGGCCGGCCUCGACCCAACAUCGAGUGGUACAAGAAUGGGGCGCGCGUGGCCACUGCACGCGAGGAUCCGCGGGCUCACCGCCUGCUGCUGCCCAGCGGCGCCCUCUUCUUUCCCCGCAUCGUGCACGGGCGUCGCUCUCGGCCUGACGAGGGUGUCUACACCUGUGUGGCUCGCAACUACCUGGGAGCAGCGGCUAGCAGAAACGCCUCUCUGGAAGUAGCUGUCCUCCGAGACGAUUUCCGGCAAUCUCCUGGGAACGUGGUGGUAGCAGUGGGGGAGCCAGCAGUAAUGGAAUGCGUGCCCCCUAAGGGUCACCCAGAGCCUUUGGUGACCUGGAAGAAGGGCAAUACAAAGCUUAAGGAAGAGGAGGGAAGGAUCACCAUACGUGGAGGAAAGCUGAUGAUGUCACAUACAUUCAAGAGUGAUGCUGGCAUGUACAUGUGUGUAGCCUCCAACAUGGCUGGAGAACGAGAGAGUGGGGCAGCUGAACUUGUGGUACUGGAGCGUCCCUCAUUUCUGCGUAGACCAAUAAACCAGGUUGUCCUGGCUGAUGCCCCUGUGAAUUUCCUGUGUGAGGUGCAGGGAGAUCCCCAGCCCAAUCUACGCUGGCGCAAGGAUGAUGGGGAGCUGCCCACUGGCAGGUAUGAGAUUCGGAGUGACCACAGCCUUUGGAUCGAGCAAGUGAGUGCUGAAGACGAGGGGACUUACACCUGUGUGGCAGAAAACAGUGUGGGCCGAGCAGAGGCAUCUGGCUCCCUCAGUGUUCACGUCCCACCACAGUUUGUGACUAAGCCCCAGAACCAGACAGCAGCUCCUGGAGAAAACGUGUCUUUCCAAUGUGAGACCAAAGGAAACCCACCACCUGCCAUCUUCUGGCAGAAGGAAGGGAGUCAAGUCUUGCUUUUCCCUAGUCAGUCACUCCAGCCCAUGGGACGCCUCUUAGUCUCUCCAAGAGGCCAGCUCAACAUCACUGAAGUAAAGAUCGGGGAUGGUGGCUACUAUGUGUGCCAGGCUGUCAGUGUGGCUGGUAGCAUCCUGGCUAAGGCCCUGUUAGAGAUAAAAGGAGCCUCCAUAGAUGGACUACCUCCCAUCAUUCUCCAGGGACCAGCCAAUCAGACAUUGGUACUUGGCUCUUCUGUGUGGCUGCCAUGCAGAGUGAUUGGAAACCCUCAGCCCAAUGUCCAAUGGAAGAAGGAUGAGACGUGGCUGCAGGGGGAUAACUCACAGUUCAACUUAAUGGACAACGGCACACUAUACAUUGCCAGUGUACAGGAGAUGGACAUGGGUUUCUACAGCUGUGUGGCCAAGAGUUCCAUAGGGGAGGCCACAUGGAAUAGCUGGCUUAGGAAGCGAGAACAUUGGGGAGCAUCACCAGGUCCAGCAACAGAACCCGGUAAUCCUCCAGGCCCUCCCUCUCAGCCAAUAGUCACAGAGGUAACCACAAACAGCAUUACCUUGACCUGGAAGCCCAAUCCACAGUCUGGGGCCAGAGCUACCUCCUAUGUGAUAGAGGCCUUCAGCCAAGCAGCUGGCAACACGUGGCGGACGGUGGCAGAUGGGGUACAGCUGGAAACGCACACCGUCAGCGGCCUGCAGCCCAAUACCAUCUACCUAUUCCUCGUGAGAGCUGUUGGAGCCUGGGGCCUCAGUGAACCCAGUCCUGUCUCUGAGCCUGUUCAAACCCAGGACAGCAGCCUAUCUAGGCCAGUGGAGGACCCGUGGAAAGGCCAGCAAGGACUGGCUGAAGUGGCCGUGCGAAUGCAGGAGCCCAUAGUCCUUGGACCCAGAACUCUGCAGGUGUCCUGGACUGUAGAGGGCCCUGGCCAGCUGGUUCAGGGAUUCCGUGUGUCUUGGAGGAUUGCAGGCCUUGACCAGGGAAGCUGGACAGCGCUAGACGUACAGAGUCCACACAAGCAAAGUACUGUGCUAAGAGGCCUCCCCCCAGGGUCCCAAAUACAGAUCAAGGUGCAAGUCCAAGGCCAGGAGGGGCUGGGGGCUGAAAGCCCCUCUGUGACCCGGAGCAUUCCUGAAGAGGCCCCCAGUGGCCCCCCUCAGGGAGUGGCUGUGGCCUUGGGGGGUGAUCGCAACAGCAGUAUCACUGUAUCCUGGGAGCCUCCACUUCCCUCCCAGCAAAAUGGGGUUAUCACUGAAUACCAGAUCUGGUGCCUGGGUAAUGAAAGCCGAUUCCACCUCAAUCGAUCUGCAGCAGGCUGGGCACGCUCUGUGAUGUUCCGGGGACUGCUACCGGGCCUGCUCUAUAGAGCCAUAGUGGCAGCAGCUACCAGCGCUGGCGUGGGCGUGGCCAGUGCCCCAGUGCUAGUGCAGCUGCCAUUCCCUCCGGUUGCGGAGCCCGGGCCUGAGGUCAGCGAGGGGCUGGCGGAACGGUUGUCUAGGGUGCUGCGGAAGCCUGCUUUCCUGGCUGGCAGCAGCGCGGCCUGUGGGGCGCUGCUUCUCGGGCUCUGCGCCGCCCUCUAUCGGCGCCAGAAGCAACGCAAAGAGCUCAGUCAUUAUACCGCCUCCUUUGCCUACACACCUGCAGUGUCCUUUCCACACUCAGAGGGCCUUUCUGGAUCCAGUUCCAGGCCACCCAUGGGCCUUGGCCCUGCUGCCUACCCAUGGCUGGCAGACUCCUGGCCCCACCCAUCUCGAAGUCCCUCAGCUCAGGAACCCCGGGGGAGCUGCUGCCCCAGCAAUCCUGAUCCAGAUGAUAGAUACUACAAUGAGGCAGGAAUCUCCCUGUACUUGGCUCAGACUGCACGGGGUGCUAAUGCCCCUGGCGAGGGUCCUGUCUACAGCACCAUUGACCCAGUAGGGGAAGAGCUACAGACCUUCCACGGAGGGUUCCCUCAACAUUCUUCUGGGGACCCAAGCACCUGGAGCCAGUAUGCUCCCCCCGAAUGGAGCGAGGGGGACAGUGGAGCCAGGGGAGGCAAAGGGAAGCUUCUAGGCAAACCUGUGCAGAUGCCCUCUUUGAGCUGGCCAGAAGCCCUGCCGCCACCUCCCCCUUCCUGUGAAUUGAGCUGCCCAGAGGGGCCUGAGGAGGAGCUGAAGGGCAGUUCAGAUCUGGAAGAGUGGUGCCCACCAAUGCCUGAGAAAAAACACUUGAUUGACUCACGUUCCAGUGGUGCGUGCAUGGUGGCUCCAGCCCGAGGGGAAACUCCCUCCCCUACCUCUUCUUACGGACAGCAGUCCACAGCCACUCUUACCCCCUCACCUCCUGACCCUCCCCAGCCCCCUAGCGACAUCCCACAUCUCCAUCAGAUGCCCAGGAGGGUGCCCCUUGGACCAAGUUCUCCUCUCAGCGUAUCCCAGCCUGCUCUGAGUAGCCAUGAUGGAAGGCCUGUUGGCCUGGGUGCUGGCCCUAUAGUCUCUUAUCACCCUAGCCCCAGUCCUGUCCCUAGUACAGCCAGCAGUGCACCAGGGAGAACUCGCCAGGUAACUGGAGAGAUGACUCCCCCACUCCAUGGACACCGUGCCCGAAUCCGGAAGAAAACCAAGGCUCUUCCACAUAGAAGGGAACACAGUCCUGGGGACUUGCCCCCACCACCCUUGCCACCACCAGAGGAAGAGACGAGCUGGCCCUUGGGUCUGAGAGCAGCAGGCAGCAUGUCUUCCCUAGAGCGAGAGCACAGUGGGGAGAGGAGAGUGGCCCAGGCAGUGCCUCUAGGGGCCCAACCUCCAGGGGCCCAACGUGGCCCCCACCCUGAUGCUGCACUUCUGGGUUGUGCUGCAGAAGAGGCCUGGCUUCCAUACGGCAGACCAAGCUUCCUGAGCCAUGGCCAGGGCACCAGCACCUGCUCUACCGCUGGUAGCAAUUCUUCUAGGGGUUCCAACAGCUCUCGAGGUUCUCGGGGCUCUCGGGGCCCUGGACGCAGCCGAAGCCGGAGCCAGAGUCAGAGCCAGAGGCCGGGACGGAAUCGCCGACAGGAACCAAGAUGACCCUUCCUGAAGCAACGAGCAUAUUGAAAGUGCCACAGGGCAAGAAUGGGGACCCCUUCCCUGGUCAGCAUACAUGAGUCACGAGGAGCAAGGAUGGACCACCUUUCCUCCCGGCAGUGAUGCUCGUGACUCACUGAAGCACAAGGUCUCAACAGUUCUAGUUGCUAUGGGAACCGGAGGAGCAGCUCUUCCCUUUCCAUCCCUUUAUGACUGAGACAUGUCUGUACAAAAGGAGAAAAGAAAAAGCCUCUGCUCUGAGUCCUGGCCCCGACUUGUUUUGUGCGGUGUUGUAAGCAGAGCAGGCUAUGAAGGGCUGUAGAUCAACACACACUGGUAGCUUCUGCAUCCUUUGGAAUUUCUGUUAAAAUCACAAGAUAAGGACAGAUGAUAAGUGACACUGGCUGGCCUGAUUCCCAGAGGAACAGAAGCCACUCUCCUCCAGUGUGUGUCAGUCCACUGUCCCCCAGUGUGUCAGUCCACUGUCCCCCAGUGUGUCAGUCCACUCUCCUCCAGUGUGUGUCAGUCCACUGUCCCCCAGUGUGUCAGUCCACUGUCCCCCAGUGUGUCAGUCCUCUGUCCUCCAGUGUGUCAGUCCACUGUCCCCCAGUGUGUCAGUCCACUGUCCACCAGUGUGUCAGUCCACUGUCCCCCAGUGUGUCAGUCCACUGUCCACCAGUGUGUCAGUCCACUGUCCACCAGUGUGUCAGUCCACUGUCCACCAGUGUGUCAGUCCACUGUCCCCCAGUGUGUUAGUCCACUACUCACUGACAUACAAGCAACUUUAGGAAGGAAAGGGUUAUUUUGCUCAGCUUUUUAGGCCUAGCUGACAGUUGGCUAGAUCUUGUUUUGUGGCUAUGGCGAGGCAAACCAUCACUGUGGAGCAGAGUUACCCACCUAUAAUAUCCAAGAAGCAGAAAGAAGCAUACAAGUGGCUAAGGCAAGAUAUGCCUGUUAGAGACAUGAUCCCAGUGGCUUUCUUUCUCCAGUCAUACCACACUGUUAGUAGCCCAUACAUGAAACUGUGCUGGCAUGAUCCAGUAACCUCUCAAUAAUGACAACAGAUACCUUUACCACCUAGGCCUGUUGGAGGGAUAGUUUAUCUCUACACCACAACACACUGUUACUAUAGGGGUAUUCAUAUAGCCAACACAUAGAUUAUUGCCCCUUCUUCAGAGAACUGAGCCAACCUCUUCUUUGGUGCCCUUCUCCAGGGUCUAUCUGCUCACUCACAUCACAACAAAUACAAGUUUAAAAACAAAACAAAACAAAACAAAACAAA